AUGUCUUCCAACACUAGAAAGAGGCCCCUCGUCUCGUCGAGCGCUCAAGCUCCUGGGUUUAAGAAGCGCAAGACGGAUCCCUCUGUACCCAAGUUCUAUGCUGUGCGUAUUGGCAUGAGGCCGGGUGUCUACAGGACAUGGGAUGAGUGCCAGGCGCAGACGGCGGGCUUCAAGGGCGCUUCGUACAAAUCUUUUCUCUCCCUCGAAGAGGCUCAGGCCUUCGUCGCUGGCAAGAAGAUCAAGUCCACCAGCGGAGAACCCGAACCCCCAAGGCCCAAGUACAAGAAGUUUCCUACCCGUGAGGAAGCCGUCCAAUUCAUAAAGGAGUGGGGUGACGCCGAUGCCAUCGCCGCGCUCGGGGAGAAGGUUUCGGAUGCCGAGAGCAGUGACGAGGACGACUCCGACGAGGAGGACGACGAGCUGGAUGUCGAUGGAGACAGGCUCGAGGUCGAGGAGAGCUCUGGCGCUGGCAAGAAGAAGAAGGGGGAAAGGCUCAACAUCUCGGAGCGCCUCCAUGGUGAGCCACAAACAAACCAGCGCGCCGAGCUGAUGGCCAUCCUCCGCGCCCUCCAAGUCAUUGAUGCCCACCAGUCUGUGCAAAUCAUCACCGAUAGCCAGUAUAGCAUCAACUGCGCCACGGUUUGGGCAUCAUCCUGGGAGAAGAAUGACUGGAAGACGGCCCAGGGUGAAAACGUCAAGAACCAAGACCUUGUCAAGGGCAUUCGCCAACGCGUCCGGGAACGGACGAGGGCGGGAGGAAAGACCACCUUUAAAUGGGUCAAGGGCCACGCCAACGACGCGGGGAACCAGGCUGCGGACCAACUUGCCGUUGCGGGGGCCAGGAAGGCUCUCUGGUGA